AUGUGGAACCUAUUUAGCUCACCGGCAAAACAACCCUCACUACCCCCGAGAGGACUCCCAGCAUCAUGGUACCGCUCAGAAGCAAUGUAUCAACUGGAACGACGCGCGAUCUUUUCUAAACGUUGGAUCCUCCUCACCCACUCCAGCCGCUUCAAAAAAGCAGGAGACUACCUCUCCUUCACAAUAGCAAACUUCUCUUUCUUCCUAAUCCAAGACCGCGACGGCAACAUAAACAGCUUCCACAAUAUCUGCCGACAUCGCGCAUUCCCCGUUAUCCGAGAGCGUUCCGGCACAACCUCUAUCCUCAGCUGCAAAUACCACGGCUGGUCCUACGGUCUCAAAGGCAAUCUAUCAAAAGCACCUCGCUUUGACACCGAGACAGUCCCCAAUUUCGAUAAAACUCAACACUCCCUCUUCCCCGUCCAUGUCCACGUCGACAAAGCAGGUUUCGUGUGGGUUAAUCUUCAAGCUGGUGAGACAGAAGUCAAAUGGGAAGAGGAAUAUGAUAAAAUCGACGAACAGCCCCGCAUGCAGGAUUUCGAUUUCGCGGGCGAGUUCUCGUUUGAUCAUUAUUGGGAGAUGGAGCUUGAUGCCAAUUGGAAGGGUGUCAUUGAGAAUUAUAAUGAGUGUUAUCAUUGCGCUACUUCUCAUCCGCUCAUCAGCGGUGUCUCGGAUUUGCCAAGGUAUCGGGUUGAGCCUAAGGCGGCUUAUAUGGAGCAUCAUAUUUAUAACAAGGAUGCUGCUGAUAGUCAGUUUCGGAGGGCUAUUACUUAUUUUUAUCCGACUACUUCGGUUACCGUUACGGAUAAAUUCUUCUACAUCCAGCGUAUGAUUCCGGUCUCUGCUACGAAGAGUAAAAUCGAGAAUGAAGUUUAUCGUCACCAAGAUGCCACGGAUGAGGAAUUCGAGAAUAUCAAUGCCUUUUACAGACAGGUCCUGGAUGAAGAUAAGGAGCUCUGCGUUGGAACACAAGAGAAUCUAGGUGGCGGGGUCUUCACCAAUGGUGAACUACAUCCUAGCAAGGAGAAGGGACCGAUACACUUCCAAAGCAGCGUGAGGCAAAUGGUCAUGGAACACCGACAAAAGGAGGAGAAACAAGGCGGGUCUGAGAUCUGGCCCGCGGUCCCGAUCACAGCCUCAACCAGUAAAUUCGAUGAAGAGGAAAGCUUCUGUCUAAAGUUGGAUGCGGCGAGUUUGUAA